CUAACGAAGAAGACGAACCUUCCUGGGCCGGUAGGAGAAGUUGUUAAUUUGUUGCCACCGUAGGUUACUGUUUUUGUCGGUUGUGUGUAAUUUACACAAUUGCAGCGAGUGUUGUGUUCGCUCGAUAACCAAUUCGUUUGUAUCAAUUCGAGGUGGUUCAUGUGAUGUAGGUGAAAUCAGUUGUUGUAUAGCCAGUUCGGGUGAUUUCAGGAUAACAACAGCUAGCCAGGACUGCUGUUGCGUAAUCACUACUCCGUGAGCCGUCUUUGUCAGGCUACGUUUAUACAUUGUUAUUGACCGUCAAAAUAGCAGCUUCCCCCCCAAAACAACUUUUCGAUUUAGAGUUAUAGUUAUAUCCGUGUUAAUGGGGAAGAGUAGAACAUACAUCAGUAUAGGAUAUGCUACCUUUGGUAUGCUGGUUGGAUUUUCAGCAUUUUUUGUCUGGAACAUAGCAUACAAACAACCAUGGACGGCGGCAAUGGGCGGAUUGUCAGGAGUGCUGGCGCUCUGGGCCCUUGUCACCCACAUUAUGUACCUGCAGGACUACUGGCGCACAUGGCUGAAGGGACUCAAGUUCUUCAUCUUCGUUGCGGGUCUCUUCUCCAUCCUGGCUGUGGUGGCCUUUGCUACUUUCCUCACCCUCGCCAUCACACAGAAGCAAUCUCCCACUGACCCGACGAGCCUGUACCUGUCCUGUGUCUGGAGCUUCCUCACUCUCAAAUGGGCCUUUCUCCUAGCCCUGUACUCUCACAGGUACCGCCAGGAGUUUGCAGACAUCAGUAUCCUCAGUGACUUCUGAUCACCAUCCAUUUUACCCACCAUACACUGGGUAGGAGGUUUGGGGAACCAGCCAGCUGCAGAAGAGUUGGUUAAAAAAAACGUGUUUCAACGAAAGAGAGCACGGAGAAUCUGGAAGGGCUGCAUAAGAGUUCUUUGAACUUUUAAUCAGCGUAGUUACACACUUCGGACAAGCCCUACAUUGUUGUCAACCCUCACUACUAUACAUACAGUAACAGCUCAUUUGUUUUGUUGGAGUGAGUAGCCAUAUAGUCACUUGGAAAAACUCCUUCUGAUGGGGAUCUACUGCUUAUCUGUAAUGGCAGGCAGCAGUGGCUUACGUUUCUAAGCAAGGAUUUGCACAAGGCUAUUUGUAGAGUGGUUUAGGGAUCAAGACUAGGUCAUGUAGGCUGUGGGGGUUUGUCUCUGAGGAUUUGGGUCGAAGCUUUCCAAAAGGACACAGUUUUUAAGAAUUGUAUUUUAAAUUUCAGGUUGAAAUAUAUUGAUCCAAUGUCUAAUCCAAUCUAAUGAGUAAGUGUCAAAUACACCCAUGGGAAAGUCACUGUGUUAUGUGGUCUCUCUGCUGUUUCUCUCUCCAUCACUAGGGAGAGCAGGAUUAUUUAUCCAUUAUUUAGUCAUUGCUAUCUCUGUCUGGAUGUUGGCUUGUCAUAUGCUUUUGAAUAUUUGUUAUUCUCUUUUAGUUAACUACACACACAUAUUUGAUGUGAUGCAUAAUAAUGCACUUUAAAGUGUUAUUAAUUCCAUUGGAUUGGUUCUUCCAAUGCUGUCGUCUGCUUUUAAAGAGAAAAGGCCAGAGGGUGAGGAUGGAUAUAAUGCAAGCUAAUACACAGGUGUAUGGAAGUCCUGAUUUGAUGGGGUUUCUUUUUCACUGUUUCUAUCUUCAUAAGUCUUAUAUUCAUGUUGAUCAGCACAUUUUUUGGCUUUGUUUUUAUCAUAUAUCAUAUCUAUCUAUUGUAUUUAAACAGAAUUUCCACCUUUAAACAAGUUGGUCUUGACUUUAAACCUGGUGUCCUUCUCUAUUUGUAUAGCAAUGCCUGCAAAUGUGUGAACGGUGUGUUUUUGUAUGAGAAAGGCUGUUCGUGAGAGAAAUAUUUUAAAUAAACAAUUGGUUCGUUUUGCAUGGUAAGAGUUUAAAAAAUUUAUUCACAAGAUGUAUUUUGGUUGUACAUUCUAUUAAUAAAUGUUGAACUGUGAUUUA